UGACAGUGAGGCUCUGUGGGUUCAGCAUGUCCUGGAAGAGACUCCUUUGCUCCGGAUUUCUUUAGAGAACCCAGCAGCUGCUGGAGCCUGUUUAGACCACAAAGAGAAGCCAGAGACUUGCUCUUCAGGCCUCUCAUUUGCCUUCUUUAGGGUCACAGAAUUAGCUGUUCCAGCUUGGUCUGUGCUUGGCUCCAGAGGACCCAAGAGAAGCCAGGCUUCUUGCAGCCCAAGGUUGAUGUACCCUCACCUCCUCUCCAGUGUUGUCUGAGAUCCCAGGACACAGCCCUGCAGGGGAGGAGGAGUGAUGACUGAUGACGUGGGGCUGGGCCACCCGCUGAUAAGGGCUCCCGUCCCUCCCAUGUGCAGAACGGCCAUGGAGCUGCUCGGAAAGGCUCUGCUGCUGCUGACGGUCUCCGGUAUCUGCAAGACCCAGGACUCCCCAGAGGCGAGCGUCUCCCAGCCUUUACACAUCAAGGUGGAUGGCAACCUUAUGGUGCUGACGCCAGCUGGCCUGACCCAGAUGCUAAACCAGACCCGCUUUCUCAUGGUGCUUUUCCACAAUCCAUCCUCAAAGUCAUCCAGGAACCUGGCCAAGGAGCUGGGCCAGGCUGUGGACAUCAUGGGUAAAGGCAAGAACGGCAUUGGCUUUGGCAAGGUGGACAUCACGGUGGAGGAGACGCUGCGGGAGGAAUUCGAUGUGACCAAGGCCCCAGAGCUGAAGUUGUUUUUUGAGGGGAACAGAUCAGAGCCCGUCAGCUGUGAAGGAGUGGUGGAAUCUGCCGCCUUGGUCGUGUGGCUGAGAAGACAAAUUAGCCAGAAGGUCUUUUUGUUCAACGAAUCCCAGCAGCUGGUAGAUUUCGUGAGGUCCAGACCCUUGGCCAUCAUUGGUUUCUUUCAGGACUUGGAAGAAGAAGUAGCAGAGCUGUUCCAUGAUGUGGUCAAAGACUACCCAGAGCUGACAUUUGGUGUGAUAGCCAUCGGUAACGCCCUGGGGCGCUUCCACACCACCCUGGACAGUGUCCUGGUGUUCAAAAAGGGAAAAGUGGUGACUCGCCAGGAGCUACUCAAUGACAAUACCAAUAAGCAAGCUCUCAAUCAAGUCAUCAAAGAACAGCUCAAAGACCAGGUUAUUGAAUAUAACGCUCAGAGUAAGGAGCUGAUUUAUGACUUGAACGUCCUGAAUCACAUGCUGCUUUUUGUCUCCAAAACCUCGGAGUCUUUUGGUCUGAUCAUGCAGCAUUAUAAAUUGGCUUCGAAGGAAUUUCAAAACAAGAUCCUUUUCAUCCUCGUGGAUGCAGAUGAACCCAGAAACGGCCGUAUCUUUGAAUACUUCCGGAUCACAGAGGUAGACAUCCCGUCUGUCCAGAUCCUAAACUUGAGCUCUGAUGCAAGGUACAAGAUGCCUUCAGAUGAGAUAACCUAUGAAAACCUCAAGAAAUUCAGCCAAAGCUUCCUGAGAAGAAAUGCCAAGAAACAUCAACCCAGUGAAGAGAUUCCAAAAUACUGGGACCAGAAGCCGGUGAAGCAGCUUGUGGGGAAGAACUUCAACCUGGUGGUCUUUGACAAGGAGAGGGACGUGUUUGUGAUGUUCUAUGCACCCUGGUCGGAAAAGUGCAGAGCUCUGUUCCCGGCGUUGGAGGAGCUGGGCAGGAGGUAUCAGAACCACUCCACCAUCACCAUCGCCAAGAUCGACAUCACAGCCAACGACAUCCAGCUGAUGUACCUGGAACGGUACCCUUUCUUCAGGCUCUUCCCCACAGACUCGCAAGAAUCUGUGCAGUAUAAGGGAGAACACACCCUGGAGGGCUUUUCUGGCUUCCUGGAAAGUCAAAUCAAGAGCAGCUCUGUGGGUGAAGAUGUGCUAUUAGCUAUUGAGCAAAAUGAAAGCUUGGACGAGGACAUAGUAGUUGAGGAAGAGGAGGCACCUUUCAUGAAGAAAGAAUUACCUCAACAGAAGUCACCUGAGCUGGAGAAUACGACCAAGCUGGCAGAGCCUGCUGGACACAAGGAGACAACUGAGAAGAAAGAGAAGGCACCAAAGCCAACUGGGCCUCCAGCACCAAAGAUGAAACCCAAAAGGAAGGAAGAAUUAUAGGUUUGUUUGGUCUUUUUUUUUUUUUUCUUUCCAAGGACAGGCAUCAUUUUUCCGAAUGGACAUAGUCCCAUAAAAAUAUAUAUCACCAUGGUGAUUAUGCAGAUGCUGGGUAAUAAAAGUCUUAAGACAGCUG